AUGAUGUCUGACGUAGCAGAACACAAGCGUGUAAGCAAUUUAUUUGCCCAAGUAGUGGCCAAUUCCAAGUCCCUCAUCAGUGGCGUUCUCUCUGUUGAUGAGGUGUUCGAUUCGGCUUCCGUUCAAUUGGUCUGGGGCAAGACAGAUUUCGUUAACAAUGUGAAACACAAGUACCAAGUGCAGCACCACAUAAGUGACUUGACUCAAAAGCAGCCCAAGGUUUUCGUCACGGGUUUUCCCACUACUUGUACCGACGACUACACGAGUGUUUCACCUUCAACUAAGCGCGUGGUAUCUCUAAAUCUUGAAAAAAGGAAGGGAAGUGAGACCUCCGAAGGGGUUUUCAAUGUUUUUGAAGACACUCGACUAAUUUCGACGUUCAAAGCACCCAAGACAUUACAUGGAAGUAUUUAUCUGGGAGAACGUGAAGGUGGCAUCGCCUGGUCUUAUGAUGAAAAGACGAUUGCAUACGUUGCUGAAAGAAAAGUUGUCAAGUCUCCUGCUUUCUGGGAAAAUGUAAACACUAUCAAUGAAAAAAAGGAUGUGGAAGAAAUGCCGCUUCCAGGUGCCAAGUUUGAAUAUGAAGAUGAUUGGGGUGAACAAUACGAAGGAAAAAAAACUGCGUCGAUUUUCUUGGCGACAUUGGAAACAGGAAAGAUUGAAGAGGUGAAGGGUGUACCAGCCAAUUUAACGUGCGCCGAUGUGGCUUUUGUGCCCGGUAACAACGAGCUAGUGUUUGCAGCAACUGAGACGGAUAAUCCGAAGCGACUUGGCAUCAUCUACUGCUACAAUCGCCCAAUUGCUCUGUAUCACGUGGUGUUGAACAAGAAAGACCAAGCUAAGAAUGUGGUGAAGAAGCUGGAGCUAAUUCCCCAGGAUGAGGAAAGCAAGACUAUUGGGACAAUGCGGAACCCGCGUUUCUCACCUGAUGGCAAACAAUUGGCGUUCCUUGCUACUCGAGAUAUCGUUACCCACGGAACGUGCAGUUUCUUGUGCGUAACGGAAUGGGCAACGAAGCACACAUCGACGGUGAUUCCUAUCAAGAAUGAGCCUGAUGCGUCUACUCGCGAUGUCACCAAGGCUUUUAACGGACUAUAUACUGGUAAGCUGACUGAAAGAGCUUGGUCGCCUGAUGGUAAGUACAUAUACGUGGUGACGCAAGUUGGGUCUCGUGUCUUGUGGAAAUACGUCGAUGUCGUCACGAAGAGCCUAAUCUCUCCGGAGUAUGUCGAAGGCGUGGGUGUUGCCAUCGAAUCAGUUCUCGACCGAAAGGGAGACCACUUCUUGGUGAUGGUGUCGUCCCCCAUACGCCCCGCUAGCGUCUUCCUCGUAAAGAUUGAUCCGACGACAGGAAAACACUUGGGCGCACCGAUUGUUAUUGAUAAUCAGCACGGAGAUGCAAAGCACAUUAAGCGCUGGGAAGUGUACUCCAUUCCGGCUUCUGUAUCUGAUGGACCAGCUGCGGAGAAGAAGCUUCCCGACACUCCCGCAGUGUUAAAAGACUUGCUGCUUCCAUCGGUCUCUAGCUCAAGUGACUACGAAGCAACUGUAAUGCUGCCGAAUAGAUUCCCGCCAGCCGAAGGUUUUCCCGUAAUCCUUGAGCUGCAUGGUGGACCGCACAGUAACUCGUCUGUCAUGUAUCGAGACUUGUGUGAAUUUUGGGCUGGUUUAGGUUUCGCAAUCGUUACCGUGAAUUAUCGAGGAAGCACUGGAUUCGGUAUCAAAGCGCUAGAGUCCCUGAUUGGAAAAGCUGGCAAACAGGAUGUAUACGACUGCCACUACGCAUUACUAUAUCUGCUGGAGGAGAGUUCAAAACUAGGCCUUUUCUUGGACAAGUCCCGUGUUCAUUGCUCUGGUGGCAGCCACGGCGGUUUUCUAGUCACGCACCUCAUUGCGCAGUUCCCAGGAUUUUACAAGUCCAUGGUAACGCGAAAUCCCGUGACCAAUAUUUCAAGCGUGUUCUACACUUCCGACAUUCAAGAUUGGGGUCUAGCAUGUGUAGGCAUCCAACGAUUUGAAUCAAUCUGUACAUCACAGAAGCUCCAGAACUCUAAGAAGGAGCUUCCAGUUCUGACUCCGGAAGCGCGUUUGGCCAUCCUUAGCAAGCUGUGGCAGCACUCUCCUGUGAGCAACGACCUAAGUAAGGUGACUACACCUGCGCUUUUUGGACUGGGCGGUAAGGAUAGGCGUGUGCCGCCCACCCAAGGCUUGGAAUACCGUGCUACCAUUGCAAGCUACGGAGUUCCCACGCAACUUCUCUGGUAUCCUGAUGACUCUCACCCGCUGGGGUCGGUGGAAGCCUUUGGCGAUUUUUCAGUGAAUUGGGGACUUUGGUUGCUGGAACACAAUCCUAAAUAA